UGACUAAAACUAUACUUCACUUAGGCACAAGACUUUGUGAUCAAUCAUUUAUAUGAAAAUCUUCUCAGACUAAAUCUCUUGGAAAUAAUUAAAGUUUAUUCCAGAAUUUUCGAAGAAGGAUGAAUUUGAAACCCACUUGCACCAUAUUGCAGACGUACACGACAAGGCUCCGAGAGACUCCGCGUGUUUAGAAAGAUUCUUGAGACACUGAUUGUGCGUCAACAUUUCUAUAUAUGUGAAUUGACGCUGCAUUUGGACGAAUCCGUUCGCAAUUACGGCAGCUGGAAAUUACAUUAGUGGUGUCAAGUUUUUCAAAAAACUACCGUUCGUCCUUACAACUCCCUGGAAUCUGUGGAAUUCACUUGUGUCGUAUGAAAACUGAUAGCGGCUAAGCUGCAACUUCAAACUGUCAAUGCCUGGCACUUGAGGAAGCAUCUUUUAUCGGUCCCGACCAGUUAAAAGGGCGCUAUUCAAGUAUUCUGUCCAUUCUUUCGUAGGUUCGCCAGUUGUGAACUGCCGACGUUAUGGGUGCAUAUAAUUUACUGGUGGCAGCUCUAGUGUUUUCAAUAGUCUCUUACCUCUUCAUCGUCAUAGAAGCAAAAGUAGGCGACAACCAGACUGAUGAUUGCUACAAACCAUGUAGAGUAAAAAGCAGUCCUGUUUGUGGUAAUGAUGGACGAAAUUAUACAACUGGAUGUCACUUCAGUGUAGCGCGCUGUCGAGCAAGAAAGAUUGGUCAAAGCCUGGUUGCAAUGCAAACAGGGUAUUGUCAAUCCAGUAAACCCAUAAGUCAGUGUCUCCUGAGCUGCACUGAUCUUAAAGCACCUGUCUGUGGAAGCGACACAAGGAUAUACAGGAACCUAUGUCUUUUUAAAAAAGCAAGAUGUGAGGCGAGGAAGAAAAAAAUGAAGCCACUUAGCAGAAGACCCUGUAAAAAGCAAACUCCCAAGUGUCGAUUGUUGUCAUCCUGUCCGAAAGUGAAACGGCCCGUCUGUGGUUCGGACAGCAAAACGUACCGGAAUAUUUGUUUCUUAAAAACGAAAAAUUGUCGACUCAAACGAGCAGCUAAAGGAAAACCGUUCAAGAAACUAAUUUUGAAACAUUGUGGUGCUUGUGGACGUCGGCGUCGAUUUCGGCAGUGGAGGACGCAAAAAUGUCCUGAAGUAAAGUUUUGUGAUCAGCUUUUAAGAGCUGCUGUGCGUCACGCUGAAACGAAAGGAAAUGGAAGACCCACAAAACUAAAGAAAGGACGCAAAAACAGCAAACCCCGUGUUCCACGUUUAAAGAAGAAGAAACUGUUGAAAAAAAAGAGCUCAAAGCAAGGGAGCUCAAAGAAAAGCAAAACCCUUCGGACAAAGCUGAAAACAAGAAUUCGUCCGAACGGCAAAAAAACGGGAAAGAUUGGUCCUAAGAAAUUAUUUCAAAUAUGCGGAUCUGAUGGCGUAACAUAUUCAAGUCUUUGUCACCUUCAGAUUGAGCAGUGCAAUAGGAUGAAUCGAUGUCAGCGGUUACAGAUGAAGCAUAAGGGAGCAUGCAAUAAACGACCCAGGAGAAGGAACUAGACGCAUCGUUUUCAACGUAAACAAUUUAUCUCUGUAUAAUCUGUUCAACGAAAUGUGCCAACAGAAAUGUGUUCAGACAUUUUUUCUGUGUAGUAUAAACGCAAGUUUUUAAUCUUUUUAUAUCUAGUGUGUAAAACGAACACGAUAAGUCGCGAAAAACAGUUUUAGAUAUAUUUACAAAUAUGAACGGCGGGUUUGAUUAUUACAAUGUUUUAUGAAAUAAAUGUAUCACCCCACGA